AUGGCUAUUCGAAAGUCUAACAACAAGCUCUCGCAAACAGCAAUGAUCAAGCAGAUCAUGAAGAGGUGCUCGAGCAUGGGAAAGAAAAAUGGGUUCGUAAGCGAAGAAGGAUUGCCAUUAGAUGUCCCGAGAGGGCAUUUCGUUGUUUAUGUUGGUGAGAACCGAAGUCGGUACAUUGUCCCAAUCUCGAUCUUGAAUCGACCCGAAUUCCAGAGCCUGCUUCAAAGGGCUGAGGAGGAAUUCGGGUUCGAUCAUGACAUGGGCCUAACUAUUCCUUGCGACGAAGAGGUUUUCGAAUCUCUAACUUCCGCGUUUAGGUAG